AUGGACCAAGGUACAGAGGAACUGGUCCAGGCAAUACGCGACUUGUUCCACGACCGAAUAGAUACCAACAUUGCAUCCGACCAGUUUUCAUCCCAUCUUGCCGAUAUUCUCGUGGAGUAUCGAGAAGCCCCAUUCACUGUCCCCCGAGAACUUCUGCUGCCAGAGGAGUUCGAGCGGCGCCGAGAAAUUGGCCUCCGCAUACAAGAUAGACUGCUUAAGCAUGACUCAAACUUCAAAGUGAGAAUGUUUCACGUCGCGGCCAUUGCAGUGGUUCCGCUACCGACCCUGAUGUAUCCGGGAAAGCUAUGCCCGGACUUCCGUGACGGGGUUGCAGUCAACGAUGCUGUCGAUUUAAUCAUGGAAUUCGAAAGAAUGAGGCACUUCGCAAACUUGUUUGUUCAAAAGCUUGGAAAGCCAGCCGAGAGACAGUAUGACCAGUAUCAAUCGAGUAUUCACGGUGAUCAGGGAGCAUCUUCGUCCGCUUUCGAAUCUGGGCAAGGACAAAAAGAACAAACCUCUGUCGAAGAACGUAUUCAGAAGAGAAAGAUCGCUCGUUCUCCCUCUCAAAAAAGGAAGUGUAAGGAGAGGGACGGGAACGCAUGUGUAAUCACGGGAAUGGCUGAUCCUGAUGUCUGCCACAUAUUCCCUUUCGCGCUGAACGAAACGGUCGACAACACUAACAGAACGAAAAAGUUCUUUGCGGCAACUGAGGCCCUAGUAUCUGCCGAUUUUCGGAGAACUUACACUCCGUUGAUGGCGAAUGCGAGUAACUUGGGGGGGUCAGACAAGGCUUGGAACCUUAUCUGCCUCAACAAGACGCUCCACGAUUGGUGGGGACGUGCCUAUUGGGGAUUCCAAUACCAUGGCAUUGAAGCAGUCACUGAGCCUGGUGAUGGCAGCAAGAAAAAGGUCAGAGUAACUUUGAUCUUCCGCUGGCUACCUCGAUUCAUAGCCAUGCGCGAGCGGGAACCUGACGAUGUCACACUAGCUGGUGACAGCAACUCCUUGGACGCCCUGAAUGGAGAACUGCAACGAUUUUUCCAGGAUGAGAGUUAUUAUCCUACUGAAAUCCCGAGAAAGCCUGGCCAUGUCGAGUUUCGGCUACAUACCGGAGAAACAUUGAAAUCCGGACAGAAAUUCCACUUCAUCAUGGAUACAGGGGAUGCUCCAGAUUUUAGACAUGUGGUGGAGCUGCAGUGGGCGUCACUCUGUCUGUUUAUUAUGAAAGGUGGUGCCGAGGUUGAUUCUUUCUCUGCCGAUGACGACAGUGACGAUGGGGCGGAUGACAGAGGACAGUUCGGUGUCAAGCAGAAGAUGCCGUCACCAGAACAGCUUUCUGGUGAGACAGGCAAGAAGGGACCAGAUGCUCUGUCCCCCCCACGCGCUCACGCAGCUAUCUGGCAGGAAACGCCCGCAGACCCUGCAGACUUGCAAAGCAAAUCGUCUUCACCAUUGAUGACACGCCCAACAAUACCUGAUCUUCAGAUCCGUCCAAGACGCCAAGCGGAGGGACGCUUCGGAGCUUCUCUUCAAUCUCAGCAGGAUGCAUCAGCUGCUGAAUCGGACUUUUACCAGUUUGCCUCGGGUCGUCGUAGCUUGAGAGAUAGCCUUCGGGGAAGCAUGAGAGAAAUGCGUGAGAAGACCUCAGCUGGCUUGCGGGGGGCACGUGAGAACCUCGAGGCUCGACCUUCAGUACGCAGACUUCAGGAUCUAUUCCAGUCCAACAGAUCAAGCCCCCAGUCCCCAGGCAAAGAACAGAAGGAGGGCAAAGGUGCGUCUGCCACGCCUUCCGAGAAUGUUAACCCAUUCCAAGAAGGUAGCCCGGUUCAGGUUGAAGGACGCCGAAGUCUCGUGCCUCUAGGGGUAUUGGCAGAGAGGGUUGACCCUAAUGUACGGGGUGAGCAGGGCCAAGAGUAG